GCACGGUUAACGCUCGAAUCUCGGCUCGACGUCCGCCCUCGGCAGCCGCAGCCCGCAGCCCCGCAGCCGUUGUCUGCCCGUUUACGACCGCGACCGGCACCGCAGCGACCAGCGAGACAAUCGCGACCAGCCGACGACCGACGGACAGAAGCACCGAGAUGCCGCCCAAAAAGCGAGACAAGGAGGCCGACGCGGCCAAAGGCAAACACGACGGCAACGCCGAUCAUGAACAGUUUCUACAGGCUUUCGAAAAGCCGACUCAAAUAUACAGGUACUUAAGGACACGAAACAUGCUCAAGCCUAUAUUUUUGUGGCGGACACUCACGUACAUGAAGCACAGGAUGUCGAGGACGAACAAGAACAGGAAAAAUUUCAAGGUGGACUCGCUCUUGGAAACUGUGAGCUCAAAGGUAUCACAGCCGACGCCAGUCAGCGGAUUCUUGACGCUAACCUUCCUCGGCUUUUACAACAAGUUGAAUCCAGUUGCUCAACAGGAACCUGUGAAAGUGGAGUCGCUUUUGUUAAAAGUUUGCCAUAAGAAACGAAAAGAAGUUUCUUGUCCUGUUAUGAAGGUUUCUCUUGGUACAAGUUACGUUCCUUUUAAUCCUUCGGAGACUUCUCCUCCUCCAAAGGCCCCGACUGUUUCAAUCCCGACUGAUUCUUUCACGCUUACGGGCCAUUUAGUCAAAUCGUACCACCUAUUACUGCGUGUCACCUUGUCUGCCAACAACAUCAUCACUGCCAAUUCUGAUAGCGAUGCAGAGCCUGCUCAGAAGAAGAGAAAAUAUUCGAAGGUGUCAGACGAUGAUAAGGUCGUUUCAUUCGGAACCGAUCUUGUCAUUUACGACCGACAGAAUCGUUGCCUCCUGACAGACGGCGACUACGAGUUUUAUCUCGAAGAGAUGCCUGUCAACUCCUCCACACGGUUCUCGUCACUCUCCACUUGGGAAGACAUCGGAUCCGACCGGGAUCUAAGGGCUCAGCAUUACGCGACGUUUCAGAAAUUGAACACAGGGCCGACGCUUAAAUUCAGGCUCUACUGGUCAAGGGAGCCAGUCACUGAAAUGGUUGAUCGGCCUCAACCACUUGUGCCUUUAGAUAUGAAUGACAACAGUGCCAAGGAGAUAGUUCGCAAUGAUGAGACAAGCAUGUUAGGAAAGCCAACAGAAGAACACUCUUUGGUUUAUCAAUUUUUGUACAACAGUAAUUCAAAACAGCAGACAGAAACUUCGCCCGAUAUGAGAUGCAUUUGGUGUUCAAUCGACUGUAAAACGAUUGCCUCGCUACUCAGGCAUUUGAAACUGUGCCACCCCAGGUUUUCAUUUUCUUGCGGGCAAAUGCAAGGGGCGACGAGGAUUGACGUGACUCUGAACGAAGGUUACGACGGUUCGUUCUGGGGCCCAUUGGGACAAAUGCCGCGCGGUAACGGACCGAUAAGGCGAACUCCAUUGUCACACAUCAUCGUAUGCCACCCGAAGCGGCCCAAUCUGAACGGCAUGUCGGAGUUUAUGGAUAUGGACGAGAAUGACUUCGACACACAACGUCCCUACAUCACUGGGCACAAUAGGCUAUACCACCAUACAACAACCUGCCUGCCGAUUUAUCCUAAAGAGAUGGGCAUCGACUCUGAGGAUGAGAAUGACCCUAGAUGGCUCCAGAAGAAGACCAUCAUGAUGAUUGAUGAUUUCACCGAUGUUAAUGAAGGCGAAAAGGAACUAAUGAAAAUGUGGAACUUGCAUGUCAUGAAACACGGCUCGAUGUUUGUAGGCGACUGCCAGGUGCCGCUGGCCUGUACAACUUUUCUCCAGCAAAAAGGGAAAGAACUUCUCAAAAAGAAUCUUUAUCGCAAUUUCGUCCUCCAUAUGUGUUCACUAUUCGAUUUUGGCCUAGUCUCACCUGUAACACUGUUCAUGAUAAUGCAGAAAGUUCAAGAGAUAAUACAAUCCGACACAGAAAUCAACCAAAUUUUACAAGAAUCAUGGAAAACGCAAAAGGAACACUGGAAUAAUGUCGACCAGAAGCCACAUCCGAAUUCGAACAAUGGGAUCUCGUGCAAUCAGACCAUGUCAAACAUCGGAGACUCGGGACAGAGGAGGAAGCCAACUUCGGAUAAAAAGAACACACCGAAGAAGACUGUAGUUGGAGAAAAGCGCAAGCACCCGGAUGCCAGGAGGCGUCUCUCCCUUCCUACAAAACCAGACCAGCGGCGCAAAGUGUUAAAAGAGGCGAUUCCACUAAGACGGCGGUCCUCAUUCAAUGGCGAAGCGAAUUUAAAGAAAAAUGGAUCGUAAAAAAACAAACAAAAAACUAGUCAUUGCGUUUGCAAAUCGAAUUGUGAAAGCACUGUGAGAAAUUAAGUCUGUAAAAAGGCUUAUCUUUUUUUUUUUUUUUUAAUUCUUUUUAAGGGAAUUCUUUGUGUUAAUUUCUCAGCAAGAAAUUUCCUCAUUAUUUCGCCCCAAGACUAUUUAUUCUAUUUGCCUUUUUUUAAAUUCAAACAAAGGGGAGGGUUUGUUUUUAUAUUAUAUUAAAUUUUUAAUCUUUUAUGAAAAGAAAAAAAAUUGUUAUUAGUCUUGACACUGCCAAAAUUUUGACCUCCCCCCUCAAAGUUUAAUGUUUUUACGCUCAAUUAUUAUAAAACAGAGCAUUGUUAAACAGGGGGAAAAAUUGUUACCUUUAUUUAUUUGUCAGUUAUUGGACUUACAUGUUACAUUAGAAAAUCUUAAGGUUUUUAUGCAUUCCCUUUGUUUAACUCCAGUUGUGUGUACAAAAAUAUUUCUUUUUAUCAAUGGAAAAUUAUGUCUACCACCUGUUAUUCUGUAUUUAAUUUUUUUUUUUAAAUAUUUAGAAUAAGCUUAGGGAAUGUUAACAAAAAUCACUUCUAUAUACCCACAUAAUAAACUUAACGGAGAAAAACAUGUGCCUUUUGUAUAAAUAUUUUAGAAAUAGAGAAUAUUAUAGUGGAUAAUAUCAUAAAUAUUUUGUAAUUUUAUUUGCUUGUUUACUUUUUAUUCAGCUACUUUUUUUUUUGUGUGUGUAAUCUUUCUCGUACAUAAAUAUCGCCCUUGUUUCUUAUUUUUGUAGUGUUUUGUUUAAAAAAAAAGAAAGAAAUAUGUCCUUUUAGUUUUUUUGUUGUUUUUAAUUCAACUUAAGUUUGAUCUAAUUACAAGAAAGGUUAGUGUAAUAUGUGAA